CACAGGCGUCAUAGUGUUUACCCGGAAAUGAGAACUUGCUCUGAACUGUUUUCAAUACAGCUUUUUGAUUUUUGUCCGUUUUCAAUAUACUCUAGUGAUAAAUGCGUACAUAAUCCGUAUGUUAACUAGAGUAGGUAUGUACAGCGGACUUUUGCCAAAGGGUAUAACCGAAGAUGAGCUUAGUCCUGACGAGGAGGAGGAAGACGAGCAAAAAGAUGAUAACGACCACAAGGACAAUGAAAAAGGUCCUGCUGAAAUUUUCAGCUGUGCCGCUAGAAAUCCCGGUUCGGUGGUUGAGGCACAGUCCUCUAACACUGCCAGUGAUUGUUCGACAAGCAGUAUGCCUGGUAUUUCCCAGGAAAUGUUGCAGAAAUUUGAGGAACUCCGGAAGAAGAAAGAUGAAAUUAAGGCAAUGAAGAUUCCAGAGAAAAGAAAAAGAAGAAGAUGCAAGAAAGGAGCAGGAAUUGAGAAACCUACAGAGACAAGAGAGCAUCAAGAAGAGCGAGAGAAGCACUGGGAUGAGCUUAAGCAGUAUUUUGGUGUAAAUGAUCGAUUUCACCCGCCUGCAUGCUCCAAACCCCCUCCGAAGUCCGGCCUAGAAAAGAGCAUAGAGAGGGCCAUAGCUGAAGGGGACAUUGCAAAGGCGGAGGAGAUGAGCGACAGACUCGCCACUCGAGAGAUGGCUGUGAAAAUUGCUCAAGCUGCCGAUUGCCGUGACUUUGUGCAGCACAAACAGGAAGAGGAAGCUCUGAGAGCAGCACAGAAGAGGAAGAGGCAAAUAGCUUGGGGGUUUGAGGCGAAGAAACGAUGGGAAACCAAAAGCAACAUGGGUUUCAUGUGACAAACAUGGAGAAGGAGAAAACUUUUUUUUUUAAUUUAUUAAAAAAAAUGUUAUUUUCCAACAGA